UUAAACCCUAAGGAAGUUUCUGCUUCAUUUUUGACCACCAACUAAAGUAUUCCUGUAUUUUAGUGGAAAGUACUUGGUCUAGUACUUUUCUCUUAAUCCCAUUCUCCUUGGAAAAUAAUCCUUAAUACUCCACUAUGUGCCCUUUUGUCCUUAUUUUCUCUGGACCAUUCUCUUCCAACAAAACGCGUAAAUGUGUAAUUUUCUUUUCAGAAACUCUAGUUUUGAUAUCUUGUCAUCUCAUCCUCCCUACUUUUUGUUCUUGUCCUGACUCAAAAUAUCUUUGAUGAGAGGGCUCCAAGAAACAAGAACAAUCUUGGCUCGAGGUUUCAUAUGCUUUCUUGCUUCUUCAUCUAGACAGUCUGUUUAAUCCCUUUGCCCAUAUCUUUAUGUUUAGCACUUAAACUUUGGUUUUGUCAUGUUACUGUUUCAACAUUUUAUUUAACAGUAUUUGGCUGUUGAUGUCUUGAUGAUUGUCUAUAUAUUGUUGUAAUCAUGUGAUUUGUGGAUGUUUGCCUUAGUUUCUGAGUGAAUUUGAUAUAUUUUCAUGUCCAUCCACUGAUACCUACUAGUCUUUUAAUGUUAGUGACCAUAAAAGGGUUUAAGAGAAGUAUCCAAUUUUGUCCUAUUUCAUUAGAAGUUCUUGGGCUGUUGAGGACUUGAGGUUAAUCUAUGAGGUAUAUUCUAGCUACUAGUCUUGGUUUCUGAAUUUCUGACCCAAUCAGAAAACAUAUAGAAAGAAAGGGGGUGGAGAGGCCUCUUGAUUACCUAUUUCAUCAGAAAAAUAGAGCUUGAGGUUGGUUUCAAGAUUCAGGAGGAAGGAUCAUCCAAAGUUUAGACUUUUAAGCCUAAUCAACCUGCUCUAACUUUUGCCUGGAAAUGGAUGAUAAUAAAUCAGUGGUCACAGUUCUUGAUGGGGAACAACACAUAAUUGCUGCAGCUCAUCACCUUGUGAAGGCGUUACGAGCCAGUACGAGCUUGAGUGUUGAAGUUAGAAGAAGUCUAGCAGAUCUUGACAUUCAUUUGGCUGCAAUGACUGAAGCAAAAGAAGAUGAGACCACAAGUCUCCGAGAGAUUGAAGGUAGGCUCAAGUCAGCUCAGGUAAAGAUCUUGACUUUGCAGUCAAAUUCUUUGAAGAUUUGGGAUGUUGGUCCUUCGCAACUUCUUGAGUAUCUGCAAGCUGUAGAAGAAGUUCGAAAUAUAACACUGAGCUUGGAAAGCAUGGUGCCAAACCAUAACGGAAAACAAAACAGACUCGCUAACCAAGCUCACAGUGUGUUGCAAAUGGCAAUGGCAAAACUGCAGGAAGAAGUUAUCAACAUUCUUGCACAGAAUAAGCUGUGUUUUGGGCAUGAUCAUGUGUCAUUCCACUCGUGUGAAGAGUUCGUUGUGGAUGAGGAGUCGAUGGUUUCAACUGAAAAUGACUCGGUUGUGGGAACUUCUUGCAGGGAGAGUAGUGGAGCUGAAUCAGAAGAAUGUACAAUGGAUUUGGUCCAUCCAUAUGUUGUUCCUCAUAUCAAGUCUAUUGCAAAUGUAAUGUUCGCUUCACAUUACGAUCAGGAAUUUUGCCAGGUCUUUAUCAGAUUCUGGAAAGAUGCAUUGCAUGAAUACUUAAGGCUUUUCUGUAUGCAACAAAUCAGCAUUGAAGAUGUUCUGAGAAUGGAUUGGACUUGCUUGAAUUGCAGAAUAAAGAAGUGGCGCCAAGCCACAAAGAAUGUCAUUGCAUUCUUUCUCCCUAAUGAGAAAAACCUCUUUGAUCAACUUCUAGGUGAGUUUGGAUCUGUUAGCUCAACCUGUUUCAUUGAAGCUUCAAAGGAUGCAAUGUUGUGUCUGUUGAAUUUUGGCCAAGCUGUAGCUAUUGGCCCCCUUCGACCAGAACGCCUUUUUUGUUUACUUGAUAUGUAUGAGCUUCUAAGAGAUCUUUGUCAAGACGUGGAUGCUUUGUUUUGCGAAAAUCAUGGUAAUUUUAUUAAAAUAGAAUACCAUGAACUCCUGAAAAAUCUUGGAGAUUCUGCAAAAGCAAUCUUUCUGGAGUUGGGGAAUCACAUCGCUUCAAACACUUCAACAACUCCCUUCUAUGGAGGAGGUGUUCAUCCUCUUACCAAGUACGUUAUCAAUUAUUUCAUGCUUCUUUCAGAAUAUUGUAAUACCCUGAGGUUCCUUCUUGAGGACAGAGAGGUACAGAAUUUGGAAGGUGUUGUUGAUGCUAUGGCCAGGCUCGACGUUUCUUCUGAAUUCUCAUGUCCAUUGGCUCUUCACUUGCAGUCAGUAGCAUCUACACUUGAAUCCAACCUUGACAAAAGGUCCAACCUAUAUAAAGAUGGUUCUUUAAAGCACAUCUUUCUGAUGAACAACAUCCAUUACAUGGUUCAGAAAAUCAAGAACUCCAAAAUUAGAACUUGUUUUGGUGAUGAGUGGAUAAAAAAACGUAUUGUAAAAUACGUGCAGCACGAAAAAAGCUACGAGAGAAUAACAUGGAGUCCUAUCUUAUCUCUGAUUACCGGUUAUGAGAAAUCAGGAAAGACAGUUCUCAAGGAGAGGUGCAGAAAUUUCAGUAUUGCUUUUGAGGAAGUGUACAAGAACCAGACAGGAUGGACUAUCCCAGAUAUUGAGCUUAGAGAAGAAUUGAGAAUUUCAACCGCGUUAAAGGUUGUUCAUGCCUACCGGCCAUUUGUUGGACAGGUGAAGAAAUCUGUAAGUGACAAGCACAUCAAGUAUACAGAAGAUGAGUUGGAGAAGUAUCUCUUGGACCUUUUUCAAGGUUCAACAAAAUCACUGAAUCAUCAUCAAUGGAGAAGGUGAAAGUUGAAUAAUGGCUACAGUGUAUGCUCUAUUUUCAUGCACUCAGCAAUCCAUUGCCAAAUGUAUAGCUGCCUAUACUUCUGGAGUUCAUUAUAGUAUUAUGACUUUAUGGUAUAAUAGUUUAUGCGUGCAUUUUAAUUUGAUGGUUUCAAGAGAAAAUAGGUGGUCCAAUUCAUCAAGUUCUUCCCUUGGUACUGGUAUAUUGUGUUGUUGUAGAUGAUAGAUUAACAUACCAGUUUCUGUGAAUGACAUUAGCAUUGUUACU